GUAAAGGUGCAGCAGCUCCGUCCGUGACACCAACAACAAGCACACACGUUCCCGGAGAGAGCGGCGACACAUUUCACCGUUUUGUUUUGGGCUUUUUAUUUUUCUCUAUGUGUGCUUGAGUUCAACGGAGGACGUUUGCGGAUAAAUUUCUGUCCUUUCACAGCAAAAGAGCGAGAAUAAGAUCCGGAUGUGACAGCAGUGUUGGGUUUUUGUCUUUUUUUUUUUUUUUCUCUCUCUCGCAUGGCGUAGGCACCUUUUCUAAAGCAGGAUAUUGUUGAUGUUCGGAGGGUCUGAAGGAGGCCCUCGGGUCCACAGCUAACGAUAACUUGUAGAAAAUUAGCGACUUGUGAGGGGAAUAAUGAGCGAUAUGAUUGUGCAAUAAGAGAAGAGAGGCUCCGUCCUGACUGAGCAGACUCACCGGGAAUAAAUUGCUCCAAAAAGAGGACAAGGACGCGUUUUUGUUUUUUUUUCUCAAGGCUCCUGGGAGCUUUGUUUGUUUGUUUGUUUACAAGGAAGAAACCAGGGGACGUCUGAGAGCUUGUGUGAAAAAGAAUCUUCAGCAUGACGGGCAGCACCCCAGCGGACAUGAUAAACCUGCGGCUUAUUUUAGUCAGCGGGAAGACGAAAGAAUUCCUCUUCUCUCCCAACGACUCGGCAGCAGACAUCGCAAAACACGUUUAUGACAACUGGCCGAUGGACUGGGAGGAAGAGCAGGUCAGCAGUCCUAACAUCCUGAGGCUGAUCUACCAGGGACGCUUUCUACACGGCAACGUAACACUAGGAGCUCUCAAACUGCCCUUGGGGAAGACCACAGUGAUGCAUUUAGUUGCCAGAGAGACUUUGCCUGAGCCAAAUUCCCAAGGUCAAAGGAACAGAGAGAAGACCGGGGAGAGUAACUGCUGUGUCAUUCUGUAAAUACACACCUCCGCCACCAGCCCUCCAUCCUCACCUGUUCUCGCCCUCAAUGCCCUGGACCUAAUGAGCUUGUCCCCUGUCCUGGAGCCUGUCCACAAUGCAGAUAUGCAUACAAACACACACACACUUUUGCUUUUUCCCCGCCCCCCCCUCUCCUCUCACACACACACACUCUAACAUAGAAAGACAGCAGGCUCAAGCUGAUCCAGGACACAGAGCUGGGGAGCAGGAAAUUGAUUAACGAUAGAGUUGAUUCCUUUGUUGUACUUGAUUUGUUGUCAUAACUGAAAAUUAGAGCAAGGAACUGGAUUUGCAUGUGUUGUUUUUUUUUCUUUCUUUCUUUCUUGAUGCACACCUUUUUAAGCCUUCUGCCAUACACGUGCACGCACACACACACAUGCAGUAAACCUCCUCACGUUGUCUCGCCAUCCUCAGCUGGCCUGUUAAAAGCCCAACUGGCUCCUCAUUCUUUGCUGGUUGUCAUUGUAAUGCAGUGCCCAAGUUUGUGUGUGUGGCCUUGUUUUCUCAUACAGACCGCUGAGAAUUUUAACCACUAACAACUCACCAACACACACGCAUACCAUGACACCCCGUCUACACAGCCGACCAUGUGUGUGUGAUGUCCCUCAGCGCAGCAGACGAAGCGUAGACGUGCCUGAUCAGACGACUCAAACCGAGGACACACCCACACCUGUGUGUCCUUUUUACUGCCCGACUCUGCAUGUGCCCUUAAAGGUCGCAGGAGAGAAAUGAUUCCUUUUUUUUUUUUUUUUGUCUGCGGAGCGCUGUAGAGGCCGAACACAUCCCACUCUCUCAGUCCAUCGUAUUUUAGCCAAACAAAGCCUAACAAAGCAAACAAACAGACAAACAACCAGUGUUGGUGGUCUUGUUCUGGAUAUUUGUUUGUCCAUGACUUUUGCGACUGUGUUUUGACAGUCCACGCAUAUUACUGACCGACUAGUGUUGUGAUUAAUGAAACAUCAUGUCAGUUCCCUCCCCGACGCACCAUCGCCGUCUCACCGUGCCCCUUUUUAUAACAGUGUUGUGAAGGAUCUGUCUGACAGUUGCUGUGUAAGCAGGGAUAUUAACUCAGAAUGAAAAAUGCUCCUUUUUCUGUCUUAAUUCGCUUCUUACUCUCUCCUUAAUUCUCAUUCUGCAUUAACAAGUCCAUUUUGCACAACUGAAGCAUGUGCUCCUUCAUCAGAUUAAUAAAAAUGUAUAAAAAGUUUUAUUGUUUUAUUUUAUAUUUUUCCAAUGGAAGUAAUGUUCCAAACUAAGGUAACAUGUGUAGAAUAUAUUUAAUAUGAAUCGUAUAUAGAACAUGAUGACUUUAGAUCUUGGUGAUAUACAUUAUAUUGGUGUUUAGUCUAUGAUUGUGUAUACGGUUAGCUUCUAGCCAGUUCACAGUCACUCGCUGACAAUGUCUUGUGCUUAACAGCAGCAAAUCCUCCCUAAUCAUUGAUGGACUGAUGGAUUUUUAUUUUCUUUCUUCUGUGCUCUUUUAUUUUUAUUUGUUUCCAUUUGUUUAUAAUUUAAUGUAAUCCUUUUUUUCUUUGUGGUUUUUUGCUUUAAAGAAUCGCUUUGUAACAGCACUAGGUCUUAAAAAAUAUUGUUUAUAUUGAUCAGGGUUCAAAUCUGUACAGAGAUAAACGUUUUCAAACCAAUUGUACAUAGCACUAAUGCUCCCUCUUCCCCCUCCAAACUUCAAAAUGGAAUACAUCUGUAAACUAAAUAAAGGUUAUUGAAGUGCGCUA